GCAAGGGGCAGUGUAACUUUUUAAGUACAAUUAUGGCGCUAAACAUGCAUUGUAUAAAAUAAUUUCACUUUUCUUGCAAUAACACGGGUGCAAAAUUUUAGAUUUUUUUGGGGGGGUUAGGAAGAAAAUGCACCCUUAAAAAAGUUUGCAGGCGGACUGUGUGAGGCAGUGUUCCGCUGUAUUGCUGGCGUUGGGAUCCGCUCACGUCCUCGGCUUGGAGCUCUCUCUCUCUCUCUCUCUCUCUGUCUCGUAAUCUCGCGUUAGUGGCUCCCAGUCUGCCCUCCCUACAAUUGACAGGCGAGUGUAUGCAAACCAAUUCGAGGAUUUUCAUUUCAACAUGGCCACUACCGCAACGUGUACCAGGUUUAGCGACGAGUACCAGUUGUACGAAGAGCUAGGAAAGGGUGCCUUCUCCGUCGUUCGCAGAUGCGUCAAAUUAUCCACGGGGCAGGAAUAUGCUGCAAAGAUUAUUAACACCAAGAAACUGUCUGCCAGAGAUCACCAGAAGCUGGAACGCGAAGCAAGAAUCUGUCGGCUGCUGAAGCAUCCCAAUAUUGUACGCCUCCAUGACAGCAUAUCAGAAGAAGGGUUUCACUACCUCAUAUUUGACCUGGUCACUGGUGGAGAACUCUUUGAAGACAUUGUCGCCAGGGAAUACUACAGUGAAGCAGAUGCAAGUCAAUGUAUUCAUCAGAUUCUAGAAAGCGUUAAUCACAUUCACCAACAUGAUAUAGUGCACAGAGACCUCAAGCCAGAGAACCUGCUGCUUGCCAGUAAAUGUAAAAGCGCAGCAGUGAAGCUGGCAGACUUCGGACUGGCAAUUGAAGUCCAAGGAGACCAGCAGGCAUGGUUUGGCUUUGCAGGUACUCCUGGAUACCUCUCCCCAGAGGUUCUAAGAAAAGAUCCUUAUGGAAAACCAGUUGAUAUCUGGGCAUGUGGCGUCAUUCUCUACAUAUUAUUAGUAGGCUAUCCUCCAUUCUGGGAUGAGGACCAGCAUAAGCUUUAUCAACAAAUUAAGGCUGGUGCUUAUGAUUUUCCCUCUCCAGAAUGGGACACCGUUACCCCAGAAGCCAAAAAUCUGAUCAAUCAGAUGCUGACCAUCAAUCCAGCCAAAAGGAUAACUGCAACCGAGGCCCUGAAACACCCAUGGGUUUGCCAACGUUCUACUGUAGCAUCAAUGAUGCACCGUCAGGAAACUGUGGAAUGUUUGAGGAAAUUCAAUGCCAGAAGAAAGCUCAAGGGUGCAAUUCUGACUACAAUGCUAGCUACAAGGAACUUUUCAGCAGCAAAGAACUUACUGAAUAAGAAAACGGAUGGAGUCAAGCCACAGACAAACAACAGCAAAAACAACAUAGUCAGCACCCCAAAGGAAAACACUUCUUCAGCAACCACAAUGGAACCACAGACAACAGUAGUCCAUAAUCCCACAGAUGGCAUUAAGGGAUCGACUGAGAGCUGCAAUACGACCACUGAAGAUGAGGAGGGGAAGGCCACUGAAAGUGUGGAGCUCAUAUGUGCAGUGAAUCACACAGAUAAUUCAGAGCUGUUUCCACCCACCUCUCCUCCCACGCAGUCACGCAAGCAGGACAUCAUCAAGAUCACUGAACAGCUCAUCGAAGCAAUCAACAAUGGAGAUUUUGAAGCUUACACGAAAAUCUGUGACCCAGGUCUAACCUCAUUUGAACCUGAAGCCCUCGGAAACCUAGUGGAGGGAAUGGACUUCCACAAGUUUUAUUUUGAGAACUUGUUGUCAAAGAACAAUAAGCCAAUCCACACUACAAUUCUCAACCCCCACGUCCACCUAAUCGGGGAGGAUGCUGCCUGUAUUGCCUACAUCCGUCUAACGCAGUACAUCGACAGUCAGGGCAGGCCAAGGACCACGCAAUCUGAGGAGACACGCGUCUGGCAUCGUCGUGAAGGAAAGUGGCAGAACAUACACUUCCACUGCUCAGGAGCCCCCGCUGCUCCACUCCAGUGAACACAUACUGCAGGGGUGCUGCAUCCUAGGAAUGAUGUCGAGGCAGUGCAGGUUCACUAGAAUGCUACCUGGUAGCAAGAAACAGAGUGAACGCGUUGUGUUCUGCUUUGCAGUUUGGAGAUGCUGGAGUAGACUUCUCGUCUGAACAAUGGACUGAAGCUGAUCACUGUCGUGGUGAACUCUUGAAGACCAGCAGCACCAUGCACCAAUCUGCAUGUGUAUGAUGCUGUGGUGGCUGCCUAUUUGUUGUUUUCAUGGAUCCAUCGUGUUUGUUUCUGCUGUAUGGGAGGUGUACAGAUAAAAUGGCUGCUGUAUAUGUACCUGAUAACUCACUUGUUUGAUGGCAGUGGUUCAUACGAAGUAGAUUCUGAACCUGUUACUUGCCAAAGUACGGACAUCCAUAAUUUAAAAUAAAAUAACUAAAAAUCACAAAGCUAACAGCUGGUGUAGAGCUCAGAGAUCUUUCUUUGUAAAAAAAGUAUGCCACUCUUGUCAAGAUUUAAUCAAGGUUACUUUAACUCUGAUCAGUAAUUUCACUACAAGUGUAAUAUUGAUACAGUAGGUUCAGGUCAAGAUGCCAGAAGGAUACCAUGCAAACUGCAGCUCCUUCUGACAAUGAGGGGUAAAGGUUAAUUGCUAAACCGAGAACCCUCCUGGAGUGUGUUAAGCGACAUAUGUGAAAUGCGAAGGCCAAGACUUAUGAUAUCGCUGUUCUGUGAAACUGAAACAAAAAAAUAAUACUUAUAGGCGAUUGUAUUUUUUCUCUCUCUUUCUCUCCUAACAAACUAUUGCAAAGUGAAGCUGUGAUCUCAUUUACUGAAAUGGAGCACACACAAAAAAAGUAUUUUUCUCAUCUGUUAACAUUUCUUCCAGUGUUCUCUGCAGCAAAAUUAAUAUGAAUGUAUAAUAUUGAAGUUUUUGUCGUGGCCUAAGUGCAGUAAAUUUAUCUUUGGUUUAAAAGAUGCUGAGUCAUUUGCAUACAAAAGUUUGCAGUAUGUUGUAAUCUAGUUACUAUCAUGACUAUUUGAGCUGCCUGGUGGUUAUACUCUGCCUUGUGUCAUUGAGGUAUGGUGUCAAUGUAUAGCGAGGUAACAUUAUCCUAUUCAGAGUGUUAAGAUCAAACAUGAGGCACAGGGAGUUUGCAUUGAUACACCGCUGUGCUAGCUGGGAGGGGGCUGGUCGCCUGAGGAUAAAAUGGUCACACAUUUAAAAUAUAUAUGCAGUUUUACAGAAGUUAUGCAUGUGUUGUUUAUGGUCAAUAUUUUCACUGUAUGUGUUUACUUGACAAAAAUAAUGAUGUACCUAGUUCUGCAUCUUUAACAAUCUUGCACAGUCUGGACAUUAUGUACUAUAUAAUUUAAGCCUGAGCUUGAUAUGAUAAAAUUCCUGUUUAAAAGAGGCAACGUAAAUUAAUUGCAUUGUUACUGUAUCUUAUGGGGCUAAUAUCUUAUAGUUUUAAAUAAGGCAAUUGAUGCAGGAUUUUGCAUGAUAUAUAAAAAAAAAAAUACCCAGUGUUUGUUUGUUAUGAAUGUUGGUAGAUCUUCAUAGCUUUGUUACUAUAGGACUUGAUCUUUAAAGAAAAGUAUUUAAUAAAAAGAAAACCGAUCGGUGCAUCUUGUUUUAACCGCUGCAGUUGAUGGAUGUUUACCUUAAAGCCUGCUUGAAUUUGUUUGGCGAAAAAAUAAAAUAAAAGUUGUCAAUUAGUAAGGAGCAUUCUUAAAACUUUAAGAGUACGCGGUAUUCAGUGUUUUCAGUUACUUCACUAAAAAAAGAGAGUCCAAAAUACGUGAAACUGAAUGUAGUUUCCCUUAAUCAGAUACCCUGGCAGAACUCAGUCACGGUCUCUGCAUCUGGGACAACUACCCAUUGCAAAUCAUAUGCUUUACAUUAUUUUAAAUUGUCCAAUGGUUGGAGCCUGUUGUUCAGACAGGUCAAGAAUGGUUUUAGCCUGUUGAUUGGAAAGAUGAAGUCAGAUAAUAUUUGGGGUUGUCCUUCUUGGGACUAUUAUUGGUUAUACUUAGGGAGCCAUUCCUACAUUUGCUUUACCUCAUUCCUUCAUCUACAUCUUGAAUGAUUGUUGAAGUAAAAACCGUCUUGCAUUCAGAAGCUACUCCAGUUGCAUAUCUUUAAGGGUGGGCUGGUCAAAAGAAAAAGUCACCCGUUCCAGCCCAAAUAGUUCAGAACUGUGGUUUAAGCACAAAGAUCAUUAGCCCAACAUUUGCCCAUUUCUAGCUAGCAAAGAUAAUCAGUGGUCCUGUAAACAUACCUGAACCAGUCUCACCAAGUUUCACUCAUUUUGAGACUCAAUACUUUUAGUUACCUAAAUGUAACCUGUUUCUGUGUGUCUCGCACUUUUAAAAUAAACACAAUUCUGUGUACAUAA